AUGUCAGCCAAAGAGACGAAACAUUUUUCUGAUCCUAGACCGCUAGAUAAGACUGCAGCUUUCCAGUAUCAGCCCUUGGACGAAGCAAUCGACUGCACACGAUUCUUGAGGAUCCACCCUGCAAGAAAUGAUCAGGACCCUAUCAGCUGCGAUUUGGUGCACCUUGCAUUCGGCGCGAGACCAAGCUAUGAAGCUCUGUCGUACAGAUGGGGCAGAGAAGCUUUUACACAGUCAAUCAUACUUAACGGCCUUGCCUUAUCCGUGGGCAAGAAUCUCCACGAUGCCCUCUCAUAUCUUCGAAACCAAGGCAACGUUGGACUUCUUUGGGUUGACGCAAUCUGUAUUGACCAAGGAAACGUACAGGAGCGCAAUAGACAGGUCUCCAUUAUGAGCCACAUAUACUUCAGAGCAGACACGGUCGUGAUAUGGCUUGGGAGCUCUUAUUCGAGAUACGAGGGAAAUAUGAGACCUCUUACUUCGCGCGUGACUCCUAACGACAUCUUCCUGGACGGGGCCUUGCGGCGCUCUUCCACCACUCCCGAAUCCUGUGACGAAACACAUACAGCGGACCUGGAUCUUCAGCACAAGAUGAUGCUUGAGUUGGUAAAAGACGAGUAUUGGAAGAGAGUCUGGAUCAUCCAAGAGAUUGGGCUUGCUCAGAAGAGGCGCGUCUGCUUCGGUACUACAGCCAUGUACUGGAAAGACUUUAUUAUGAUGCUGACUCUGCACCAAAUUCCUUCCGAAGGACCAAUGUUGCUGGAUGAGCAAAUUGAUAAGAGAUUCAAAGGCUCCCACAGGCUCAAAAGACUCCUCUCACAACACAAACACGCUCUCUGCAAGGAUCCUAGGGACAAAAUUUAUGGAUUGAUCGGCCUCGCGGUGGAUGGCCACGGCUUUCCGAGGAUUGAUUACGAUAAAUCGCUAUUUCAGAUCUGGACAGACACUAUGGAGUUCAUGAACAGCCAUCAAAUGUUCGAGGAAGAGAAAGAGGAUAACAUUAUCGAAUACGGAAAGUUGGUGAAAUUUCUGCUUAUGGGAGUGGAAAGUACGCCCCUUCAAGAAGUGCUACGACCAUACACAACAAAAGGCGAAAUUUCAUUCGACGCAAACGCCGAAGAAUCCAGAGCCUUCAGCAUAAUGGGGUCGUUGAUUGGUUGCAUUCAGUCUAUUGGGCCUUCGGCGAAAGAUGUCGCCGAGUGCAAGCCAACUACCAGCAUGAUCUUGGCUCUGCCUUUGCGCAAAGCAACAACCUUCUAA